AUGCUUGUUUACACUGAUAAAGAGAAAAAGAAAAUGCCGGAAGGAAAUUUUAAUAUGAUUAAAAUACCCGUAGAUAAAAGACAUUAUGAUAAAAAAGAGCCGAAAGGGAAAAGACUGUUCAAACAUAGAAUUAUUCUAGAAUAUGGAUAUUUUGGAAUUUAUGAAGGUAUUUUAUGCUAA